UGAUCAGUGCCGAGAUCAGAAAGCAUGGCCUUAACUUGAUCCCACCAAACAAAAAAGAUAAGUGACGUGGCAGUACCCAUUGGGUUAAAAAACUAAUCAGUAAUCAACCCCUCCAAUUAGUCAAGUACUUUUCCUUCUCUUCCAGCUAAACUUGAAGACCCGAGUGCGAGAGGGUUCGUGAACCAAACCGUAGAAAACGAAGAACCAGCAAAGAUGACUCUGGGUCUGAUCAAUGCGAACCCAGUGGUUCACGCCAAGAAAGAACGAGUCGCUCGUAGCGAAGAUCCUCACGGUGAUGACGCCGUUGAUCCCCUUGAAAUCUAUGAUUAUGUGAGGGAUAUUAGAGAUCCAGAACAUCCGUAUUCAUUGGAGCAGCUUAGUGUUCUCUCCGAGGAAUCAAUCACCGUUGAUGAGAAACUCGGCCGAAUUCUGAUAACUUUCACUCCCACCAUUCAGCAUUGCAGCAUGGCUACUGUAAUCGGUCUAUGCCUAAGGGUUAAACUAAUGGCAUGUUUUCCUCCACAUUUUAAGGUUGACAUUAAAGUCGCUCCUGGAUCUCAUGCUGAUGAAGAAUCAGUUAAUAAGCAGUUGAACGAUAAAGAAAGAGUUGCCGCUGCCUUGGAGAAUCCUAACCUUCGCCAACUUGUGGACGAGUGCCUUUACUCCAAUGAACUUUGACCAAGUACACUCUUGUGCUUAAAGCUUAUGUACAGUUGAAACAUCAGCAGCAUUAAAUGCAAUAAGAAAUGGCUUUUUUGUGAUGUAAUUUUCAUUUGCUGAAUGUAUAUGCUUUAUGCAUGUCCUUGUUUUUCUACCCGGCAGAGUGCGUCUAGGAUACCUCUCUAUCUAGGGAACUAAUGGUGCUACAUGUUUCUUUUAUCACAUUGCCUUCCUUCAUGUGGCAAAUUGUAACAAUUAAGAGCAUGGGAACCUUUUUUUAUGUAUAAUGGAAUUCAGAAGCAUGACAUGUUAGAUUUCUAGUAGUGGUUUGUCUUAUGCAACAGUAUCUGUUGUCUGAAAUCUCGGAUCUACUUCUGGAAAUGUAUAAUGGAAUCCAGUUGGCUUUAUCUUUCUGUUUCCUCAAUUUUUCUAUGCAAUUUACCGUGUCAAAGCCACCACAAAUUAUGAAGAAGGCUGAACAUUGAGUGAUAAAUCUCUUCUGAUCCAUCAAUGGCCAUUUUAGCAGCUAACUGUAACCUUAACUACCAUAUAUAUAUUCAUUUAUUUGAAAUGUGAUGACUGAUGACUUUGACUAUUUAGGAAAAGGCUAUCAUAUUUGGAUUAGGCACGUUGCAGGUGUUGAAAUAUAAUCAGAGGAGACUGAAGAGUGAAGACCAAACAUUGCAAAGUUAUAUGGUGUUUGGUUUAUGUCACAUGCCUGUUACCAUACACGGUCCAUGGCAAUCUGUUGCUUGUUGAAUAUGACGUGGCGGGAUGUAAUUGGAUUCUACGAGUACAAAAAAAGCGGUACCUCAU